AUGUCUGUCAUCCUGGCUGACUUCACCAACUACUCACUAGGGUGGCUCCAACAUAGGUCCCUGCCAUUUCCAGUCCUCAACUUUGAUGUCUGGAAUAACUUGGACGAGAGUUCCCUGAAACUUGGACCUUGCUUUGAUCAGGUCAUUCCACGAGAGAAGCUGGCUCUACCAUUUCUGAAACGAUUCACUGAGUCAUCCGGCAUCGCCGAUGGUUUCGACUGCGGCACCUUAGCUCAAAGACGUCAGUUGAGCGAAUGGCUAGAAGAACCUUCCUGCCAGACUUUCAACUUCAAAACACGCGAGAUUGUGAGCAUAAUAAAGAGCAGAAUGACCCGAACGCGAUCUUGUUCCAAUUCUGGCAUAGAAUGGUCUCCCGUUGUGGAACAAGCUUGUCUCGACUUCUUUUCGCCCUACAAUCUACACAGUUUUCUACGUCUCUUUUGGUCUGGCUGGUAUCCCAACAGUCCUAUAAUCCACAAGCCAACAUUCGAUAGCGAAACGGAGCCUGCAGGGCUCAUUGCAUCGAUGGCGGUGCUGGGGGCGUGUUUGUCUUCGGACGCAAAUGACUGCGUCCGUGCAAUGGCAUGGCUCACGCCCGUUGAAGAAGUAGUAUUCGCUGACAAUAUCCUAUAUGACGAUUCUAUAGUUGCGACUUCAGAUCUUGUUGGGGAUGAAGUGGUAGCGUGGGAUAAGCUAAAGGCGCUGCAUGCUGCGUAUUUUAUAUGUAUCGCGCAGAACUGGGAGGGAUCAAAGGAAGGGAGACAGCGUGUUCGAAAAUAUCGCUACAGUCGCGUUGUCUCGGUCGCCAGAUCGCUUGGUCUCUACAACCUGAGCCUCGAGAAGUUGGAUACUUCAUUCCCUACUCAACAGAGAUGGGCCAGGUUCAUACUCCUUGAAAGCAUGAUUCGCACGUCAACCUAUAUCUACCUUCUUGACUCCGCAUUCGUUCUGUACUAUAGGCUGCCACCGAGGAUCAUAUCACUUGAACUCAAUACCGGACUGGUCUGUCCUGAGGCUUGUUUCCAAGCAGAGUCAGCCUCGGAAUGCUUCCUAAAAUUACACAUGGCGACCAAAGAAAGACCGAACCAAUCCCGACUGACAGUAUCGUCUGCAGUUAGACUCUUAUGCUCACCCCAUAACAUAGACCUAAACAUGUUUCAUAAUCUCAGUUCCUUCAACAUGUUUACUAUUAUCUCAGCUACAGGCCUAGGUCGGUGGAUAUGGCUAUGGCAGCAAGGCGACCAUGCAGUGGCCAAUUCCGACAGCUACCCAGUUGGAAGCAUGUGGAAACGCGUCGGGUUCAUGCAGCAUGCUAAUGAAUAUUACCAUCUUGCUUGCGCAAUGCUUGAGCGAUGGAAGUUUACUGAGAGGCAAAUUGGGGGUGCCUGGGGAGCCCCACUUGGGUCAGUACAGGGUAUUCCAAAAUAUGACGAUGGGGAAAUGGUUCAGGUCAAGGCUCUCAUUCAUGAUAUGGAAAACAUGACGUAUUGA